AUGAUAGUGUUGAUAAUUCUGAAAAUUAUCAAUCCAUAUAUAGUAAAUGCGAAUAUAAUUACGGAUGGAUUGUCCGCUAUUGGCUCUGUGGCGAGUGAAGUGGGAAAUACAGUGAAGGAUGUUUCCAGUGAAGCGCUCUUAGGAGAAUUACAACAAAUUGCAGACGGUGGCAAAAUUAUAAGAGACGGCACUGAAAGCAAUUUUGUGAAUUCAAUAGCUAAUACGGUUAUGAAAAAUGUAGUUGGCACUGCAGUUCUCAAAGCUUCAUCUGGUAUUACACAUAAUGGUGAUUUCGCCUUUUACAACUUUAUGUACCCGGAAAAUGAUGAUUAUCCAUGGGCAUGUAUCUGUGAUGAAUCUGAUUAUGAAGAGUAUAUUAAGGGCAAGAAGGACAAGGUUAGGUGCAGGAACUAUAUUGAUUCAUCCUUACAAAAUGCAGUUUUAUAUUGUAACCCAGCAAAUCAUAACUCUUCCAUAAAUGACAAUGCCAAUAACAAUCCCCCAAAGCAGAUUGAUAACCAUGUGUCCAUACCACAAACAGCGCCAGCAAAUCAUACCACAGUUUUAUCUACGGAAGUCGACACUAAUCACAAUGAACAAAAACAACCAAAUUCGCCUUCAGUUCCAAGUGAAUCUCAAAAUUCAGUGUCCGCUCCGAAAGAUGAAUCUGUUAGUAGCACCGUAGAAGGAGCCAAAUCAAGUUCAUAA